UGUGUGUGUCUGUGUCAUUUCUCUGCGUUCUGUUCAUGUAAACACAUGUAAACAGAGUCUCUCCGGUUGUCUCCCGUGUCUGUGUGUGUGUAAGGGAACGGUACCGGGGUCGGGGAUGCGGCUGCGGCUAUGCUGUGUGUCCACCGCUGGAGCUCUGUGUGUCCUGCUGCUGAUCUGCGGCAUCGCGCUGGAGUUAACCAGAGUCUUACAAAAGCUGAUCAACAACACUGUCAAGCAACAAAUAGUUCUGGAGAAUGGGACAGAGGCGUUCUCGGUGUGGCAGAAUCCUCCGCCGCCGGUUUACAUGCAGUUUUACUUCUUCAAUCUGACCAAUCCCGCGGAGGUGAUGACCGGAGACAAACCCUCGGUGGUUCAGAUCGGCCCUUACACCUACAGGGAGUAUCGGCCGAUGGAGGAAGUGAAAUUCAUGGACAACGGAACCAGAGUCGCAGCAAUCAACCCAAAAACAUACGUGUUCGAGCCCAACAUGUCACGCGGAUCCCAAGAUGACCUCGUACGGACGGUCAACAUCCCUGCUGUGACGGUGAUGGAGAAAUUUAAGGACAGUAUUUUGGCCAGAUUUAUCUCUGAUUUGAUGAAGGCGAAGGGUGUUGGUGUGUUUGAGAUGUUCAGGGUUGGAGAUCUGCUGUGGGGUUAUGAAGACCCGCUGCUUAAAGAACUGCACCCGCUGGUGCCCGACGACCACUUCGGACUGUUCUAUAAGAAAAACGGCACUGAUUAUGACAGCUAUGUUUUCCUGACGGGGAAGCCGGAUUAUCAGGACUUUGCCAGUAUAGACGAGUGGAACGGACAGAGAUCGUUGAACUGGUGGAGUUCAGAAGAGUGCAACAUGAUCAACGGCACCGACGGAGCCUCAUUCCAUCCCAUCAUCACCAAAGCAGACAGACUUUAUAUAUUCUCCUCUGACCUGUGCAGGUCUCUGUAUGUGCAGUAUGAGUGUGAUGUGAGUGUUCAGGGUGUUCCUGGUUUCCGCUUCGUUCCUCCAGCUGAUGUGUUCUCCAGUCCUGACAUUAAUCCUGAUAAUGCAGGCUUCUGUGUGCCGCCCGGACACUGCCUGGGCUCCGGCCUGCUGAACGCCAGUGUGUGUAAACAAGGUGCCCCCAUCAUCAUGUCGUCUCCUCAUUUCUAUCAGGCUGAUAAAAAGUUUGUUGAGGAUAUUUGGGGGAUGAAGCCCAAUAAGGAGGAGCACCAGACCUUUGCAGACAUCAAUCCGCUCACUGGUAUUGUGCUUCAGGGAGCGAAGCGUGUUCAGGUGAAUGUUUACCUGCAGCAGCACUCAUCAUUCAGGAAGUUCGGCACGUGUCCUCAUGGUGGUUACGGUCUGGACUGGAGCGAUUCCUCACCUGGCUGCUGA